UCACAAUCGAAGAAGACGAGAAGUGUUGUCUUCCGGUGGGACUUCUCACAUGGUGGUGGAGCAACGUGAGAAAGACACACAGAUAAAACCACCAAAAUGACCCAGUCCGACGGUAUAAUAAAACCCAAGACUCAGCGCGCCAAGCGUUUUUUGGAGAGCAGGGCUCCUAAACUGAGUGAAGAUGGGAAGAGUACCAUGAUCAUGAAAGGAGGGAACACGAGUCAGACCGUCACACAGGCUCUGAAAGACAUUUAUUCCCUCAAGAAACCAAAUGCAGUCCUGUACAAAAAGAAAAACAUUACACGGCCGUUUGAGGACUCAUCUUCACUGGAAUUCUUUUCUAAGAAGACGGAUUGUUCCCUGUUUUUGUUCGGCUCCCACAACAAGAAGCGGCCCAACAAUCUCAUAUUUGGUCGUCUGUUUGACUUUCACAUGCUCGACAUGAUAGAACUUGGAAUUGAGAAUUUUGUCUCCCUCAGUGACAUCAAGGGAAGCAAAUGUCCUGAGGGUACCAAACCAAUGCUGGUGUUUGCUGGCGAAGCCUUCGAUGUGGACAAUGAGCACAAGCGUCUCAAAAACAUCCUCAUUGAUUUUUUCCGAGGGCCCACCGUGAGUGCUGUGCGUCUGGCUGGUUUGGAGCACAUUCUUCACUUCACUGCGCUGGAUGGGAAGAUAUACAUGCGGAGCUACAGGACGUUGUUGAAGAAGUCAGGAUGCAGGACGCCGCGCAUUGAGCUGGAAGAGAUUGGACCCUCAUUUGACUUUGCCUUAAGACGAACACAUCUGGCCUCAGACGACUUGUACAAGUUGGCGUACAAACAACCCAAGGCCCUGAAGCCCAAAAAGAAGAAGAACAUUUCGCAUGACAUCUUCGGCACCAAGUUCGGCCGAGUUCACAUGCAGAAGCAAGAUCUGACAAAGCUGCGGACAAGGAAGAUGAAGGGCUUGAGGAAGAGGAAGGGAGAAGUGGUGUCCGGCCAGCCGGACGAGCAGCCGGCCAAAGUUACAAAGGUUGAUGGAUGAAGUGUGCUCAGGCUCAACCGGACUCCCCCUGAAGAAUCUGUUCACCAGUGACCUCCUGUCUAAGAAAUCUGAUCCUUGCUAUCUAGGCUCAGUGUGGGUCUGAGGCUGGGAGGCAAACACAUCCGUUCUGUUUUUAUCUCACGUGCUAAUCAUGUGAUUGUUGGACGUCAUGACUAGCUGCCUUUGCAGCUGGUAAACAAGCUGUAUGUUUGACCACAUGCAGAGAGGGUGACUGUUGUAUUUCAAUACAAUACCCGUUCUGUUUGGAAAUAAAAAAUGU